AUGUACCUGGUCACCUUCACUGGGAACCUGCUCAUCAUCCUGGCCAUUGUCACAGACUCCCGCCUCCACACGCCCAUGUACUUCUUCCUCUCCAACCUGUCCUUUUCAGACAUGUGUUUCAUCUCCACCACCGUCCCAAAGAUGCUGCUGAACAUCCAGACGCAGAGCAAAGUGAUCACCUACGAAGGCUGCCUCAGCCAGAUGUACUUUUUCAUGCUUUUUGGAGUAUUUGACAACUUCCUCUUGACAGUGAUGGCCUAUGACCGGUUUGUGGCCAUCUGUCACCCACUGCACUACAUGGUCAUCAUGAACCCCAAGUUCUGUGGCAUCCUGCUUCUGGGAUCCUGGGUCUCGGUGGUCUCUUUGUUCUAUGGCACAGGCCUUGGGGUGUAUCUUAGUUCUGCUGCUUCACAGAACUCCAGAGCAAGUGCCAUCGCCUCAGUCAUGUACACAGUGGUGACACCCAUGCUGAACCCCUUCAUCUAUGGUCUGCGGAACAGAGACAUCAAGGAAGCCCUGAGAAAAGCUCUUUAG